AUGCACUGCUAUCUCCUGAGCGUGGUGCUCACCCUGGACCUGGCCACGGUGGCGCUCAGCCUGUCUACCUGCAGUACCCUAGACAUGGAUCAGUUUAUGCGCAAGAGGAUCGAGGCGAUCCGAGGACAGAUCCUGAGCAAGCUGAAGCUCACCAGCCCCCCUGAAGAGUACCCCGAGCCCGAGGAGGUGCCCCCGGAGGUCAUCUCCAUCUACAACAGCACCAGGGACCUGCUGCAGGAGAAAGCCAACCACAGAGCCGCCACUUGCGAAAGGGAGAGGAGCGAUGAGGAGUAUUAUGCCAAAGAGGUUUACAAAAUAGACAUGCUGCCUUUUUACCCCGAAAAUGCCAUCCCACCAAACUAUUACAGCCUUUACUACAGAAUCGUAAGAUUUGACGUCUCAGCGAUGGAGAAAAAUGCUUCCAACUUGGUGAAGGCAGAGUUUAGAGUUUUUCGUUUGCAGAAUUCAAAGGCACGUGUAUCUGAACAACGAAUAGAACUGUAUCAGGUUGUUAAAUCCAAAGAACUACCUUCACCAGGACAGCGCUACAUUGAUAGCAAGGUAGUUAAAACAAGAGCUGAAGGGGAAUGGCUGUCUUUUGAUGUCACUGAAGCUGUACACGAAUGGCUCCAUCACAAAGAGAGGAACUUUGGAUUUAAGAUAAGUUUACAUUGUCCAUGCUGCACCUUCGUGCCUUCAAAUAAUUAUAUUAUCCCAAAUAAAAGUGAAGAGCUAGAAGCAAGAUUUGCAGGUAUUGAUGACUCCUACAUAUAUUCCAGUGGUGAUGGGAAAGCUUUCAGGUCCAGUAGGAAAAAAUACAGUGGGAAGACCCCACAUCUUCUGCUAAUGUUAUUACCCUCCUACAGACUUGAGUCGCAACAGCCCAGUCGGCGGAAGAAGCGUGCUUUAGAUGCUGCCUAUUGUUUUAGAAAUGUGCAGGAUAAUUGUUGCCUGCGUCAACUUUAUAUUGACUUCAAGAGGGAUCUUGGCUGGAAAUGGAUUCAUGAACCUAAAGGGUAUCAUGCUAAUUUUUGUGCAGGAGCCUGUCCAUAUUUAUGGAGCUCAGAUACUCAGCACAGCAGAGUACUCAGUUUGUAUAACACCAUAAAUCCAGAAGCAUCUGCCUCUCCAUGCUGCGUGUCCCAGGAUUUAGAACCCCUCACCAUCCUGUACUACAUUGGCAAAACACCCAAAAUUGAACAACUUUCCAACAUGAUCGUAAAAUCUUGCAAAUGCAGCUAAAAGAUAUCCCUGAAACAGCAAUAAACAAAUAAGUAAAAAUAACCAAGGAAGAAAGAAAAAGAGAUUAAGGAAAAAAAAGAAAAUCUAAAUUCAUCAGUGUUAAAAAAUACAAAAAUAAU